AUGGAGGAAAAAACAGCUCCCACAACCAGAAGUGAGAACAAAGAACAAAAAAAAAAAAGACAAAAAACAAAAAAAAAACAAAAACAGACCAAAAACCCAACGAUAAAAAAGCAUCACGCAAAAAAGCACAGGGCGGCGAAGGCGAGAGAAAGAAAUCCGAAAAUCUUCGACAACGCUAACCCGCCUGCUCCUUCCAACCCGAUGCACCAAAACCGCAGAAUCCCUUAUACAAAUGCGUAUCAACGAAUAUCAACCAACGCAGAAACCCGCCACAAUGCAGGAUUGCAAUAUGGACAACAUAAGUGUGAGCGCCCAGUUCGUGAGUGGGGCGUGAAGUAG